UUAGAUUUUGGAAGUUUAACAUUUUUUUGAAAAAUUAAAAUUUGACAUAUAUGUGUUUAGUUUUGUGUAUAUUAAACAUUUUUUAAGUUUAAUGAAGUGUUUGUUUCUAUUUAAUUAAUUAUUUGAGAUUAGGAUUUGUAUUUCGGGUCUAGACGACUUUGAGGAAGUCUUUUGGUGAUUAGUUUUCUGCUAAAAUAUUUUAGUUUCCCGCUAAAAGUAUUUUACUUUCUAUAAGACUUUCAAGUAAGUUUCUUAGGAACUCUUCUAUUAGAAUACUUAUUGGAAAGUCUUCUCAAUCAAAAGAAAUUUAACCUUAUUAAAAUUUUUGUGUCUCUUUAUAAAGUUUUUUUGCACAUUAUCUCUCUUUCUCUCAAAUGACUGCAACAAAAAGUGUAAUGUUUCUCAUUCUAAAACUUUUCAACAUCUGUCUAAUCUCUUUGAACUUAAAAACAUCAAUCAUUAUAUCAAUUUAUAGUUAUUUUAUGUCUUCUCAUUGAUUUAUUUUGUUUUUGUAGGUUUUUUAUUACAUGGUUUUCAUCUUCCAUUCCUUUAAAUGUAGAUCUUUAAAUCAUAUUUUCUUAUUUGGUAACCUAUUUUGCUUAAAGCUCUUAACUUUUGAAAAUUCUUUUGGUUGUUUUAAACUCUUACCUUAUUUUUGAAGUUUUUCUAUGUUAAACACAAUAACACAAAAAAUUAGUCAAAUUUACUACAACUAACGGAGAAAUCUUCUUAAGAAAACUUAGUCAAAUUCACAAAAGAUCAAAAAUUACAUUAUUUCAAACCUAUAACAGUUUCACUAGAAGUCUUUUAGGAAGUCUUCCGGAAGACUUCUUUUCAGAAAUUUUUUCGGAAGACUUAAAAUUCAACAGGAAAUUUAAAUAUAAAAGGGAAAUUUAAGCGGGAAUCUCAAAUUUUAAAUGAAAAUUAAAAUUUCAAAUUUCAUGAAAGUUAAAAAGUAUAUCUUAUGAUCUAAGAAAACACAUUAAACCAUAUGACUUGAUAUUCUUGAAGUUACUUAACACUUUUGAAAGUUAGAAAAUAUAUAUCUUAAAGUUGAAAAUACAAGUUUUACAAGAACUAACGUAGAAGACUUCUAGGAAAAUAUUCUCUCAUUAGCUAUAAACAUUAAUAAGCAUUAAUGUUGUUAACCUCAUAAUUAUCACCAAUUAAGUUAUGAAUUUCAUUCAGGAUCCCCAAUAUUGACUAAUAUACAUGAAUUAAAAGGAAAAUAUUCAAAAAUCUUUAUAGUUUUAGAGAAAAUAAAAAUUUAUUAAAUGUUGACGUAGAGGACUUCCAGGGAAGUCGUCCGGAAGACUUACAUAAAAGUCUUCCGUUCAAUGCAUAGGUUAGUUUUUCAAUUGACUUUAUGUGUCAGAAAUUUGUCUUUUCGUAGACGACUUACUUAGAAGAUGUCUAGGAUAAACAUAUUAGUUUUGGAUUUGACCGGAUUGUGUGAGAAAUUUGAUGUUUCCUAGACGACUUACACGAAAAUCGUCCAACAGAAAAAUAAAAUUUAGAUUUUUUUUUCUAGACGACUUCCAUGUAAGUCGUUUCAGGUUGCUUCUGUAAUUGAAAAAUAAAACUUAAAUAUUUUAUUUUAUCCGAACGACUUCUAUGUAUGUCUUCCGAUAGAAGACUUACACAUAAGUCUUCUGUAAUAACCAAGGUUUGACCAAAAUCUCGAAAAUAAAAUCUUGGAAGACUUCCGUGUAAUUCAUCUACCGGAAGACUUACAUGGAAGUCGUCCUCAUAAAAUUAAAUAUUUAAAUUUUAUUUUUCUGUUGCAAAAGUAGCCUGAAAUGACUUACUUGGAAGUCGUCUAGUAAAAAUUAAAUAUCUAAUUUUUAUUUUUGUGUUGGACGACUUCCGUAUUAGUCGUCUAGGAAAAGUCAAAUUUCUAACACAAUUCGGUUAAAUCCAAAACUAACCUUUUUAUCCUAGACGACUUAAAGUCUUCUCUAAAUUUUAUUAAAACAAAGAAAACCGAAAGACUUCGAGAGAAGUCAUCUAUAAAAGACACACAUAAAGUCAAUUGUGAAACUAACCUAUGCAUUGAAUAGAAGACUUCAGUGUAAGUCUUCUCCGACGAGAAGAAGUCUUCUGACGCACAGAUCUGGAAAAAAAUUGAUUUCAUAGCUUUAACCAGUGAGAUAACUUGUUUAGCUUAUCCAACCACACAAUACCACACAAUACUUCACCACCAAAGCAACCUACUUGUUAAUGUCCAUGAAUCAUGAGCUUGAAUGGUUCUAUGAACCUUAAAAAAUUUAGAAUCAAAAUCUUGUGGAUGAAUAUAGAGAUAAAGUGAAAGAGAUGUUGUUGUUAGUUCUUAAGAAAUAAGAUAGAAAGAGUCAAAAUUGAUUUUUAGGUGCAUUAAGAGAUUCAAAUUGGUUGUUCAAGGUGGUUGGUGUAUUGAUGAAAAUGACAAUAUUGUAAAUACCUAAAGAAGAUGAGGAUGAGAAAGUAAAAAAACUUAUUUUUGAAAAAAAUAAUAAUAAUAAUUGCAUUUUCGUAAAUAAUAUACACUUUUUGGGUAAAUAGGACAAAUAAAAGUUCUAAAAAAAUCAUGAGUUAAUUUUGUGUUUGAUUUUGAAUUUUGAGUCAUAUUUGCAAAAAAACCCUAUAUUUAAAAUAUUUUAAAAUUCAAUAUAUAUAUAUAUAUAUUAUUUUACGUGAUUAUUUAUUUUCUAUAAUAUUAAACUAAUAAAAUUAAAUUAAAAAUUUUAAUUUUCAAAUUUAUAAUUUAUCAUUACUACUUCAAAUUUAAAUAGGAAAAACCAAAGAUGUAUCUAUAUAUAUGUUAUUAAUUACAAGUUAUUCGUUGGAAAUUAUGUUAAUGUUUUUGCUUAGAGCAUCUAAAAACACUAUAUUGAAGUUUGAAAAACUUUGUAUUUGAAGUUUAAAUAUGUUAUUCUCCAAAAAAAAACUUCGAGUUUAGUUUAAAAAUUAUAUUUAUUAUGAUUUUUAUAUUCGCCAUAAUUAAUUUAAAUACAUAAAACUCUAUAAAUAAUUAUCACAUAUAUAAAAUAUUAUAUAAAUAUUAAUUAAUAGAAUGUUACACUAAAAUUUAAAAUUUUCAAUAGAAAUACAUAUUUAAAUAUUAAAUUAUAAUUAAAAUAUUAUAUUAUUUUAUAAAAUUAUUUCCGUAAUGCUUUCAUAUGAUCAACUAGGGCAUUUGUUAAGUUCUUUUUUUUAAUAUUGUUGUUAUUUAAAUCUAGUUUAAAAAAAUUAAAAUCUUAUUUUAGUUUAUUUAUUUAUUUAGUUUAUGUGUGAACUUAAUAAACUUAAUAUAUUUAUGAAAUAUAAAUUUUUUAAGAAUGAAUCGAUACACGGAAAAAUAUUUAAAAUCAUAAAUUUGAUAUGUUAUUAUAAAGAUUAACAUGUAAAUAAAAAUAUGAAAUUUUAAAUUUUAAAUUUUAAAUAGUGAUUUUUCAUAUUUGAAAUUUUACUAAAAUUUUCAUAUUCAAAAUUGUACUGUGUUUUUGGAGAUUUUCUUAGUUAAACGAAAAUAUAAUUAUAAUUUAGAUUUCAUUGGAAAAAGUGAAACUAGGGCUUUGAUUAGUAACCCUGAAAAAUGGUGGAAUCGCAUUUGAGAUGCGAUUACGCAAAUAUUUUACCAAUCACAAAAAUAAUGUGGAAUGAAAAAAAAUUCUUUGCAAACAAAAUAUGAAGAAAAAAAUUUCAGUAAGCGAAAAAAUGAGUUUUUGUUGAUUAUUGAUUAAAUCAACUAUUUCACAUAAUAUUAAAUUAUAUGAUAAUACCAUUUAAAAUUUUUAAAUAAAUAGCAAAAUAAUUUUUAAUGAUAAAUAGUUGUGUUGUAACUAUACUAUAAUUUUUAUAAUAUUAUAAGAUGGCAAUCUAUUAUUAAAAUUGUAUUAAAAAUAAGCUAAAUAUUUUUAAUACAGAGUAUUUUAGUUAUUUUCAAAAAUUUGUAGUAAUUAUUUUAGUUAUUGAUAUUUGUUUUUUAUUUAAUAAAAUAUUUUAAUCAAUCUAAUAUGUAUUCUACCAUUUUGCUAGUUUAAAUUUUUUUCGCAGCUUAAUUAAUUUUUUCACAACUUGACUAUUUAUUCCACGGUUCCAUGAGUAAACUAUGUUUACUAUCCGAGCCUAGAUAAGUCAUCCAUAUUGAUGUCUCUCUAGAAAAUUAAUCGGACUUUGACCUUCGAUAUUUCAAAUUAUUUUAGUGAGAACAGUAAUUCGUUGAUUGUACAGCUUUUUAAAUGAUUGAGAAAACUUAAUAAAUGAACUUGUAAAUAAAUCACCGAAGCUUAGGGCUGCGAGUCGGUGCUUUUAGCCUGUAAUGAAACUAUUCACUCAAUUCUCAUUUUUGAGUAUAAUAUUCAUAAGUUUACCAUUUACCCCCUCCAAUUAGUCAACUCUCUCCACUUAAACAAUCUUUUAAAUGUCCCAUCUUCAAUUUAACCUCUGUUUACAUGACUCUCAUACCUGCUUAUUUCUCUAGAUUUUGAUUUAUCGCAACAUAAUUGUUUGUGCCGUUAUUCUCAGGCAAUUCAAGAAUUUAUAAUUACAGUGAUUAAUUAAUUAGGAAGCAUGAUGCUCACGGCACGGGCAUAGAGACAUGUGUUUGUCUGUAUAUGACUGUGUAUUCAUACAAAGAUAAUGCGGAACAUAGGGCACCGCACCUCAAUAGAAUCGUCCGUUUGUCUCUACAAGAGAGGGUACAUUUUCUAAUUUGUACAUAAAUGUGUGCAUACUAGUAGUUUUGUUUCCUCGGAAACAUGGACAAAAGCAUUUGCUUUCCAGCUAAAACUUUAUACACUAAAUUUAAGCCACAGGUGCAAAUCUGCACCUAAAUUGAUAUCUUCAAAAGAUUAUGGGCAUAUGGAUAAUCUGAACAAUAUAAUAAUAAUAAUAAUAGUAAUCAAUGUAUUGCCAUUUUUAAAUAAGUAGUGACUUAUUUAGUCCACAUGUUUAUCUUCUUGCUGAGGAUUUUCGAAACCUUGAUUUAACUAACCCUCAUUGUUAGUAUAUGCGCUACCUCGUCCACUAAUAAUUGUUUUGAAAGGUUUGAUUACCAAUGAUCUCACAUUUGCUAAGCCGUUAGAUAAAAAAACAGAUCUCACAUUUGCUAAAAUAAGGGGCUUUUGACAAGGUUUCGUACUCAGUUCUAGAUCAUGGUUAGGAGGUCUAACUAAUAGGUCACAGAAUAUACAACUAUCUUUAUUUAAAAUCAUAAAACUAUCUUAGGAUAGUCAAAAAUAGAUUUGUGACACCAUAAGAGCUUGUCAUUAGUAGGAACUAAAUGGGGUUUCAUAAUGUAAAAUUAAAAUUGAUUGGCUAUCUCAAAUUUGAGAAACUUAUAUGAUAAAUUAUUAGACUAAGAACACUCUAAUAUAAAAAUAAAUUUUAAAAAACAAGCCAAAAUAAAACAUAGAAAAACUUAAUUUUGAGUUGUUCAUCUAAUAUUUAAUAAUUAGCUAGUAAAAUAUGUUAAUUUUUAUUAGAUAAUUGAGAUACAUUUAGUUUUAGGACUGCCUCAGAGCAAGAGCAUUAGAGGUUCAAGAGGGAGGUUCACACGUUUUACGAGAAAAAAAAAUAUUAAAAAAAGCAAAAGUGAUGAACUCACCCCUUCUCACCUCUUCUGCAUGAUACCCUCUCUCCUAAAGUUCAUCACUGUAGCGCGGGCCCCACGACACGUGGCGGCCCGCGAUUGGUCAAUUUUUUUUUUUUUUUUUUUUUUUAAAAAAUCAAAAUGAAAAAAAGAAAAACUUUAAUAAUAAAAAAUUAAGAAGGUGAACCCCAAAGGGGGGGUUCACUGAUGCUCAUGCUCUCAGUGCUAAAAACAGUUAAAGUUUCUAAGAAAAGAAAUAAUAGUGUAAUGAUAUAAAUAUAUAUAAAUAUUAUUUAAAUGAAUGUCAUAUGUCAUUUGAAAGUCUCACCAGUAUUUUAAAAGUUCUCAAACGAAAACCUUUCACUAUUUUCACAUGCUUAUUAUUAUUAUUAUUAUUAUUAUUAUUAUUAUUAGUUUUAAAAUACUAGAUACUAGUUCUUUUAAAUUUCUGGGAUGAACAUGCUUUUCGAUUAUCAAGUUUGAAAUUUUUACGAAUAAUAUUUUUAGAAUUCAUGGGAUGAUCAUUUGAAAAUUUUACUCCUUUAAGGAUAAUUAGUUAGUUCUUUUUUUUUUAUAACGACUAGUUAGUUCAUUUUAACAAAACAAAACAUAUAAAAAUUUGCAAAAUGUAAGAGAAAAGGGGAAAGAAACAACGGGUUUCCGGGAAGAAACGACAAAGAAGAAAAAUACCAUUGGUGCCGACGUGACAAAACAAUAGCCGUUGGAUCAUAAACGAUCAACGAUAAGAGAUUAAUGUUCUAGCGGGUGUGGCAAUUUUGAAGUGACUAGUGAGAGGUGUAAAACAAAAAUAAAGAAAAAAGAUGUUUUGCAAAAUCUAGAAAACAAAGGAAAAGAGAGGAGGAGACAGAGAAUUAAAUUAGAGGAGCAGAGUGGAGAGAGAGAUAUUAAGGUUAUGGCGGCGUUGCAGAGCGCGAGAAAGGCCAUGAAACCCUCUCUCUGAUCUCUCUCUUUCUUCCCCUUCUUCUUUCUCUCUGUGUGUUUCUUAAAUACUCUCUCUUCUCUCGUACCGACAAACGAGCUUGCCUUUUUACCACACCCUUAAAAGCUGUACUCAACUUCAAUUUCAAUAACACUACAAACCCGGAGAGAAUGAACUCUCUACCUAAACCCUAGUUUUCCUCUCUCCCCUAUAGUCUCAAAGAUCUAAGCGAGAAAGUUAAAAAAGAUCUAGAGCGAGAGUCUUUUUGUUUCAUUUUUUUCUUCUAAAUAUCUGAUUGGAGAGCGGUGGUAUGGGUAGUGGUUGUGGUGGUGUUGCCGGUGAAUGGCGGGUUUUUUCUCGUUAGACGGUGGAGGAGGCAGAGGCGGAGGAGGAAACGGUCAAGAAGAACACAGGACCAACACGAAUCCUCCUCCGCCUGUAUCUGACUCUUGGCUUUGGUACAGAAACCCUAACGUCAACGCAAACGCAAACGCAAACGCGAACGCUCCUUCCUCUUCAAACGCUGCUGCUUUAGGCACCCUUGAGCUAUGGCAAAACCACAACCAGCAAGAAAUCAUGUUCCAGCAUCAACAGCAUCAGCAAAGGUUGGAUCUAUACUCCUCCGCCGCUGGUUUAGGAGUAGGACCAAGCAGCCAUAGCCAAUUCAAUAUCUCCGGCGAAACUUCAAACGCCGGCGCCGGAGGAACGGCUGCGGCGGCACUCAUGAUGAUGCGAAGCGGCGGAGGAGGAGGAACCGGUGUGAGCUGUCAAGACUGUGGGAAUCAGGCCAAGAAAGACUGCGCUCACGUUAGGUGUCGAACUUGCUGCAAGAGCCGUGGCUUCCAGUGUCCUACUCACGUGAGGAGCACGUGGGUUCCUGCCGCCAAACGCCGUGAGAGACAACAGCAGUUAGGCACGGUUCAGCCUCAAACGCACCUGCCACGCGGUGAUAGCGGCGUACCGAAACGCCUACGGGAAAAUUUACCGGCAACUUCUUCGUCUCUUGUCUGCACUCGCGUACCUACUCAUCACAACGCUUCAGGUUUGGAGGUUGGAGAUUUCCCAGCGGAGGUGAGCUCACCGGCAGUGUUUAGAUGUGUGCGAGUGAGCUCAGUGGAAGACGGAGAAGAAGAGUUUGCUUACCAAACAGCUGUAAGCAUCGGUGGUCACGUUUUUAAAGGCAUUCUCUACGACAACGGUCCUGGAAGUAUUGGUGGCGGUGGCUACAACGUUGGUGAGAGCUCUUCUGGUGGCGGAGGAGCUCAGCAGAUGAAUCUCAUAACAGCUGGAUCUGUGACGGUUGCAACCGCUUCUUCCUCCACUCCAAACGCUGGUGGUAUUGGCGGCUCCUCCGCGGCUUACACUGAUCCAGCCGCUCUUUAUCCAACUCCGAUCAACACUUUCAUGGCCGGUACACAAUUCUUUCCCAACCCAAGAUCAUGAUGGAAAUCUGACAUAAUGCAACGUAACUCUAUUUAAUUCUUAGAAUGAUAUUAGGGUUUUAAAACCGUUAAUUGUCUGUUUAUGCUUCUUCUGGACACUCAAAGUUGUUGCAGUUUUAGGGUUUUUAAAACGGAAAUUUAAUUCAAAUAAUAUAAUCUUCGUAUUAUAAUGAUUUCGUGAGGAUAAUGUCAUUAAAAUGAUGGGAGCACAUUAUAGCCCUUGUUGUCUGAAUCUUUGUUUCAUUAAUGUGUCUGUUUCUUGUUUGUGUCACACGUAACCUAAGAAUCCGGAGAUAAUGUUCCUUAUCUUUAUAUCAACUUUCUAUCCAGUAACCAAUAGAAAAAUCGUUAAAUAUGUGUUGUAUAUAUUAUACGUACAAUUUAGUUUCUUCAGCCAUGGUUUCAGUUACUGCGAUUAUGAUAUGGCCUGUGCCCAUCCAUGCAUUUAAUGAUAUUCAAAUUCUAUUAUUUGUUUAUUACUAGUAGUAAUUCAUAUGUGCCAUAAUUGACAUGUGAUAUAAUCAGAGAAAGUGACAAGAUGAGUAUAUAUUUGUAUGUUAGAAGAGCGACAUGUAGAGAUGUGACAUGAGGGUGCGUUCUACAAUGGACGUUGUCUAACCUAAUUAAUAAAUCAUCCGUCCUUUGCAUUAGUCAUUUGAUUAAUGAGCAUUUUUUAAGUUUAAUUUUACAAUAAUGUUUUCUUUAUUCUUUCAUGUAGAAUGUGUUGACUCGAAAAUACUCCUAAUAAAUUUCUCUGUUUUCUAAAAAGUGGUGUCGUUUAAUGAUCUGUUUAUUUGUCAAAAAAUGAUCCGAAUGUCACUAUUCAUAAGAAAAUAUUUAAAUCGUUUCUAAUUUAAUUAAUGAAAUUAUAAACUUUGAUGUAAUUUAAUGAGUUAAUCAAUUUUGUAAGAGUAAUAGCAGGUAUCUUUUUCUUCUGACUGCAUGAAAGUAUCAUAACGCUAUUUACUUUGGAAAAAAUCAUAAUUGAGUAUAUGUGUACGUUUCUUUAUUCUACAUAAAUAACAAUACGUACAUGUAAGCUUUACAUAUAUAUAAUACACACAUGUUUUAUAUUUAUAGUUAUGUGUAAUGUAUAUUGCAUGCACAUGUAGAUGUGUUGCACACACACAGACCUAUAUAUAUAUAUAUAAUACUGUGAGAUGUUUUGCAGAUUCUCAUGAUGGAUUUUAGAAUUAGAAAUGUUUAUGUGGAAGUGGAAUGCAGUAGCAUCAGUUUCAGAUUAUUGUGUGGUUAGAACGACAUAUUUACUCUUCAUUCCUAUGCUUUUCAUCAAUCAAUGCGGUUUUGCCUCAUUCAAAAACAAAUAAAUCCUCUUCUUAUUCUCUUCAAUUUAUGUGAUUUAUGGCCGAACUAUCUAGUUUCACAUUAUUUUAACUUAGCCUUCUUGAGCUACAUUAUGUUUAUUUAAAAGCAAAUAAACCCUUUUGUGUUUCGAAAAAAAAAAUUAUGGGUAAAAGUGGAAGAGAAAAGAUCUGAUUUGAGCCUCAUCACAUUGUCUGCUAUCUGACUUUGAUCUAGUCGUGGAGUGUUCGAACCAUAAGGUCCAUAACUAUUGAUAUAAGAUUAACUGACAUCAACCAAAAAACACUCGAUACUAUUAUAUGGAGUUGGUGAAGCUAAAUGCCUAAUGCAAUUUGUGGAUUGCGUGAGAACAUUAUAUAAUCGAUCGAAUUGGUCCAUUCAAAUAGUGCUGCCGUCCCAUCGGCCUUCUCACUCCGACUUUUACUCCGUGCCGUAUCCCACUUUUUCUUUAAUUAUGUAGCAAAUUAUAUAUUUUUUAGUAAACCCACAAGUUAUAAUAUUUUCUAGCUAAUAAUGUUUUUACUUAUAUGUACAUUUGAUGUCUUGUACUCGGAAACUUAUUACGAUUUACAAACCUCAAGGUCCACAACACUAUUGUACACAUUCAUUUUAAUAGUAUCUCAAAACCAGCAGUAAAAUAUUAAAGCAUUUGAAUUUGCGACUGAAAUUAAGAAGGUGAUCAAGUAUUAGUAAACUAAAACAAUAUCCUGUAAUCAAUGGGGAUAUUGGUGCUCCAGUUAUGCAAUGAUAUUCUACCUAUCCAACUCUUACGUUAUACAACAAACCCAAUUUAAGCACAACUGUAUCAUAUAUGAUAUAUAUAUAUCAUCGACUAUAUGGUUAACUAAACCUAAUAAAAUCUAAUCACACUGCACAUCCCAUAAGAGCGCGCUCCACAAGAUCACAGCCCAAAUUCUUAACAGAAAAUUAAGUUAAGAUGAUGACACAAUAACAACAUUAGUAAGCAUCACUAGACUCUAAGCUAUGGUCACUAGUUAUAAUUUCAUAUGAUUUAUUUGGCGUUGCUUAAUUAAAAGUUUAAAGUAAAUAGAACAUAUUUAAUCCAAUACAAGCAAAGGAUUUCAGUGCUACAAGAUAACAGUGUUUCAAAAAAAAUACGGUUAAAAUUCUUUUAUUUUUACAGAACAAAAAACUGGUUUCAAAACCGAACAAACAAUUAACAAAUACUUUGUGAUUUUUUUUUUUUUCAAAACUGGCCUCACUUUGUGAUUUCUUAAAAAGCUUAAUUUACAUAUUUUGACCAUAGAUAACCAACAAAACAGAAAAAAAAAUCGCAAGAAAACAGAAUCCAUAAAUGCAUCUCUAACUUGAAAGAAACCUCAGAAUGAAUCUAUUUAUUGGUAAAUA